UGCUGAUCUUUGUGGUUUUUGUUGCUGCCAGCCUGUCAUGUAGUUUGGGGUAAGCGGAUGUUUGCAGAGACGUGCUCGGCCGCAGAAGCUCACGGCAGGGAAAGCUUCAGUCAUGUUCAGAGGAGGGUUCGGCGUCACCGCACCAUCUUCACAGAAGAGCAGCUGGACGCUCUGGAGGAUCUGUUCAGACAGAACCAGUAUCCAGACAUCAACACCCGCGAGCAGCUGGCCCAGAGAACACACCUGCGCGAGGAGAGAGUCGAGGUGUGGUUUAAAAACCGAAGGGCAAAAUGGCGACGACAGAAGCGGCUUCCGUUCAGUCUACGAGGACCAGACGACUGGAAUACAGUCCUUCAUAGCGAAUGA